CCGCGUCAGUGAACUCCCAGGGGUGCGUCAGAUAAGAAUUGAUAUCAUAAAACGCUCCCGGCUCCAUGCGCUCGUAAUGUCGUCUUCUGCCGCCGAAAUCUCGCCACCACAAGUCCACCAGGCGCGAUGUUCUAUUUGUAAACCGCAGAAACGCUUGACGGUCAGAGUUUAUUGAUUUUACUACCACAUUCUCACCUCUUUCGUUCAAUUCGUAUAUUAAAUCGUCCUGAAUAGCCAUUUCUUAAUAUAUUUUGAUUUUGUCUUAAUUAGUACACGCACAGUAUUUUGAAUAUUCCCGCUAAAUGUACCCUAAUGUCAAUGCUCGCGAUUCAAUCCAGAACACUUCCGUCAAAAUAAUUGUCAACAAUGGCAGUCUGCGUAGCAGUUAUCGGCAAAGAUAACUCGCCCCUGUACAUAGGCGGCGUGGGCAAUGACACGAGCACGGACAACGAGCUCUCGCGCCAGUGGCUCGUGCACACCGCACUGGACGCACUCGAGGAGCGGCUGGCCACCACCAACACCAGCGCUACGGGAGCCAACGCUACUGCUGCUAGGACCGACCUCAGGGACUUGUAUUUAGGCUUGUUGUAUUCUACGGAUACUCAUAAAAUCUAUGGCUACGUGACGAACACUCGCAUUAAGCUGGUUCUGGUGACGUCAUCGACUUCGCCCAGUGGCUCCAACAUCCGCGACGCUGAAGUAAGGACGGCGCUCCGUCGUUUGCACGCACUGUAUGCUGAUGCUAUAUGCAACCCAUUCCAUUUGCCGGGAGACCAGAUCACUUCGCAGAAAUUCGACAAACAAGUGCGCCAUCUAAUGCUUAACAACGUGUAAUCAUCGCAACGUGUUUCCUUAUGAUUUGUCGAUGUUUAGUUCAAUUCACCUGUGCAAAAAAAGUUCAUACGAAAUGAUUUUCUCUCAAUGAGGGUUUUUGAAAUUUUUUCUGCCACCGGGUGGCGCCACGUAUGCGUCUGGUCCAAACAGCUGUCAAAUAGUAUGGAAUUGUAGGUGCCGAACUUAUUGUUUAUUGAAAUUCUGUUAUAUUGGAAGUGUUAUUGAUUUUAUUAUGGACUACGGUCAGAAUAAGGUUUCCGAACUAAAAAUUGAGCUAAGAGAGAGGGUGCAAAAGUCACUGGUAGUUGAAAAAUUUGUUAACACAAUAUGAUUUAGUUUUUUUUAUUUACUCAACCUCAAUAGUAAAACAAUAAUGCAGUGCUUUAAUUAUAAAAUAAAAAAACCACUAAAACCGUUCACUAUUCAUAGUAAAGAUAAGCACUUUGACAGUUACCUGGACCUGACGACUCAGUGCGCCACCUGGUGGACGCCAUUUUAGAAAACCCUCAUUAUAAUGAUUAAGUAUUAUAAUUAUAAUAUUAAGUUAAUCAACAUCUUGUGAUGUUUGACUGUUUAUAUGCUUUACGAAUAAACGUUUUUAUUUACCGAAUAUAGUCCA